GCUACUAGUACUACCUGGGCAGAGAACUGGUAGCUGAACGGUCAAGGCUGUGGAUUGGGGCUCCCUAGGCCCCUUUUCCCUGGUCACAUGGUCCGGGUGGUCAACCCCACCAACUCUGACGUCUUUGUUGAGACCUCGGAGCGGAGCGUGUUCGAUUCGACAUAUGGCCGUGUUUUUGUUGGCUUCAAGUUCAGAGUCUGGCAUCUUGCUUCUUCACCGUCACUCGAUAUCACCGUCGUCAAAUCCAUUUGUACAAGCUACGCAUUACACUUUGAAUCGCACCUCGAACCGUAAUUUCCACUCCCGACCCAAAUAUCGUACGGAUUAGACCAAGAAUAAUCGAGCGAAUAUGCCUUCCGCCGAAUUCCAAAAGGCUGCCGAGGAGAGCCGUCAGCUCAAGGCGAAGCCGAGCAAUGAAGAGCUAUUGGAGCUAUAUGCCCUGUUCAAAGUCGCCAAUGGCGAAGAUUUCUCAAAGGCCCCUGCGCCCGGCAUGUUUGAUCUAAAGGGCAAAGCGAAACACAAGGCAUGGCAGAAAGAGGUCGACGCAGGCACCUCCGCCGCCGACGCCGAGAAGCGAUACAUCGAGCUCGUCAACACCUUGAAGAGCAAAUAUGGCUUUGACCCGUCAAAGGCUCCUGAGGCCGUGGGCUCCUCUUGAGGUGCUGAGGUGUGUGAGCAUGGACAUGCAUGCCCGCUUACGCAUGGAUGGAUCGCCAUCAAUCUCAGCUUAGCUUAUCUUAGCAUUGAUUCUGCACGCCGGCAUAACAUAAUGCGAGAAAGAAUAUAUAGCCUUGUCUUUUUUUCUUGCUUUCCUGUGUCUUGUGCUGGUCUCUUAUGCAUGUGCCUGACUGAUAACGGAAGAGUGAGACUUCAGUGCUGCUCCAUACCGUAUGCAUGGUAUAGUACUUUGCCUUGGCGAUGAUGCAAGCUACCUACCUAUCACUAUUUAAAUCUAGGUUUGCGGCCAGGCUGUCAACUAAAAUCUCGAGGCCACCGUCUCCCAUGUCGAUCUGGAACCUCGUACACUCCCUGCGGCGACCAAGGCAUAUCGGUCUCGACGUACGGUGUCAGAGGUAGAUCGUAGGGCAGACGGAUGCCUACCAGAGUGGUAGUUGUACUUGAU